AUGUUACGAAACAGACUCGGCAUCACAAACAUUCUACACGCCAACUCGAACAGGUGCUUUUCCUCUAGCGUGUCACGAACGCUCAUAUACAAAUCGCAGCCAAAAGUACCCAAGCCAGCACUCGAGUCAGAGCAAGCAAGUAGUCCAGUGGCAGAUGCCAAAGACGCAGACAGACUGGCCAGACUUGAGCAGAGUAGAUGGUACAAAUGGACGCCCAGGAUCCUCAAGCCUUAUGCCCGAAGCAUGACCAUGCGUCCGCUGGGUUUUGGUAUUAGUUUCGCAAUACUCCACGAGAUCACUGCUGUAGUGCCAUUUUUGGGACUGUGGUGGUUUUUUCUCCACUACAAUUGGGUCCCGUUGAACGUGCCGCAAGAUCUAUUGGCGAGAGGUGCUGAGGUGCUGUCGAAAGGGCUUAUAAAUCUGGACGUAGAUCUGGUGGAAAAGACCAAGAUCGUGACUGCGGGAGCCAAUGCCUACGCCGCUACUAAGCUGCUUGUGCCGGUGAGACUGCCGGUCUGUUUCGCGCUAGCUCCCUUAUUCGACAGAUGGUGCGUCAGACCUAUUCAGAUGGCUUGGAGAAGACGGAAAGAGCGCGCCAAGGCCAAGCGGGCAGCUAACAAAGCUAGUCGUAAAUAA